UCAACACUUGGCACAAGCUCCAUACCACGCUGACAAAUCCACAAUCCAAAGGUUAAAUCCCAAGUUACAGCAGACAGAGGAGGGGAGGGUAGUUAUCUAAGGCUCUCAGCACCCCCAUGUGCCUCGUUGGAUCAUGGAGCUGCACUGUCUUCCCACCGCGACCCCCACCACAGCCAGCUCCUGCUCCACGGACCCCCUAUACGACAACUGCCCACCUUUUGCCCAGCGAGGGAGGGCCAGGGAAAAGGAAAUGAAGAGUAGGGUCGUGUGCUCGGCUUUAACCAGACUUCCAGGCCCUUGCAGCCCUCUGCCUGCUCUCGCCCCAGCUGAGGUUCCCACAAUGGUCAGUGGGGGAAGAGGGACUGGCACAUGGCCAGAUCACAGCUACUGCAGCUGGAGAGGAGGCCUGGGAAGACAGGGCUGGAAAGCAGAGCUGGAUACAGGCGGAAACAGAACAAAAGGGAGAGAGAGAGAACUAGAAGGUAGCUGGCGAGUUGAGGACGGAGCUCAUCUUAACCAGAGCCCCAAUCCAUCACAGAGCGAGGAGAACACGAGUGCUCUCUCUCUGUAUGAUAACCUCCCUGAUGCUGACACCCCUGACAGCCUUCAAGAGGUCUUUGACAUGGAAACAAGCUUCCAGGAGCACUUGCGGGACCAGAUAUACCAAGCAUGGGCCCCUGAGCAUAUCCAGGGACUGAUGGACGACGAGGGAGUGAGCGAAGACAAGAGCCCCUGGUCAUCCUGUGAGAUCAUCCUUGCUGAAAGUUGUUCCAGCAACCAGGACCAGAAUCCAGACCAAGACAAGAAGCACGAACAGGAGCCAGAGCUGGACUCGAGGUCCUGUGGAUUUACUCAGGGGAACCCAAUGCAGCAUCUUAAACUCCCGAUGUCACCUCCUCAACAACAUCUUGCAGAGUGUUCCCCUCAGCUAUCCCAAACUGAAUGCCAGGUUCUACGGCCCCCAGCUGAGCACCUGUCUCCCAGGGUGCCCCCUCCUGUACCCCUGGCUGACCCCUCUGCCAGUGCCCUUCGCAGCCUCCUCACCAGCCUCCAACAGCAAAUAGUCAGACAGAGGGAGGUGUAUGAGGCACGAAUAACCAGCUUAGAGCAAAGAAAUGAAGAGCUGCAGGUAGAGGUCGUUCGGUUGAAAUCAAACCUCGUUCAGCAGCAGCACUGGUACCGAGUUGUCCAGGGGAAGAUUGUGGAGACUGAAAGGGCCCGGGCUGCAGCAGAACUACACAAUGCAACUCUGCAGAAGGAGAUGGAACAGUUCUUCGACACCUUUGGAGAGCUCAACAAUGAGGCCAAGAAAACAGAAUGUAUCGUCAAGAGCUUUUAAGAAAAAAAAAUAUGAAAUGUGUGCGAUGACAUGAACAGCGUGCAGAAUAUUUCCUUCACUAUGAAUCUAAGAAAUAUACCAAACAACAUCAAUAAAGGAUAACAAAUGUC